AUGGCGCCAUCCAGCAACGCGGGGACGGCUACCAGCUGCGUCACUGAUGCGCUCCGAGCAGCAAAGAACUCUCAUGAGGAAGUCGACAAACUCAAGGAGCGGGAUAGGAUGAUGAAUCAGCUGUCCAAGAAGCUGACCGAGCUUGCCACCAUGCUGGUCUUCGCGGAGUGGACGGCGACCGUUGACCCGACGUGUCUGUCGUUCGUCAAUGACACUAUUCAGCACGUGAGAAAGAUCUGUGACGAGCUCCAAGACGCUUUAGUCAAAGCGUUGCAAGGACAGUCCCCGGAACGACGGAUAGACUGGUCCGGGACGGCAUUCAGAAAAGAGAUGAUUGAGUACACCAAGGAUAGUUUCCAACUGCAACAACAGCGUAUUUCUGACUCGGAUGAGGCCAUGGACUUCAAUGAUGAAAGAGGCGUGAUAAACCAAUGCCUUACAGUCUGCGAACAGGCCGAUGCAGGCCUGCAACGCUUUCAGCAGGGACAACUGGCCUUACGACAGGCUGGAGGCGAGCAGACUUUGCUCUCUGGACCUGGCGCCGUGGACUCGCCAGACAACUGUGAGAACCAAACCUCAAGGGAGAAUACUUCAUCCGAAAGCGAGGGUCUACCCGUAGGCACACUCAGCCGUCUACAAGAAUGUCUUGAUGGCCUUACCACGGGAGAUCUCCACUGGCAUGACGUGUGGUCGCGGCUGCGCGACGUCGACAUGACAAAACAAUUCCCCGAAACCGCCGGCCAGGCCUUCAACAAGAUCAUCAGGCAGAGCAUUGGAGAGGUUACAGUGUACUGCCCAUGAGAACUGCGAUCAGGUCGUGGUUGUGGUACCAGAGGCCAACAGAGGCAUAGCCAGGAAUAAUUCGGCUCAGCUCAUCGCAUCCACGGACGACAAUACAUUGCAGAAGCUGUCUUACCAACGCUACCGAGUCAUGCCAUCGCCAGGCACAGCCCAAAGCCCGUGUAGCGCUGCCCAGCCAGCGCGACUUCCCCAUGUUCAGUCCGAGACAAACCAGAGCGAGGCGACUAUCGGCGGAAAGCCCACUUUACAGGAAUUGAGGGCGCGAAGACUCCAAGUUUUACAAGCGCGCUAAGAAGUAACUGUUGAAGUCUGCUUGAAGUAGCGGCUGUGCCGCACCGCUUGCUCCAAAUCUUCUUCCCUUACGGCUAAUUGGCUACUUUGGGUUUUCCUUCAGGGCUUUCUGGCCAUUUCAUCCGAG